CUGCGGUUGUCGCAUCUUCUAUGGUAGUUGCUGUGACAAAGUCGAACAAUGACUCGAAUAUUGAGAUUCCUGUAGCAGCAGCUGCUACUGCUACUGCUGCAGCUGUUGUAGCAACGACUGCUGCUGUCAAUAGACAGUACGAACAGAGCAGUCGAAGUGAUGAAGAUACCGACAGUGCCGGUUAUGACCUGAAAGGUAGUGGUGAUGGAGAGAAUAUAGCUUUAGGAGCAAAUUCCGAAGGCGACCGAAGAUCUGAUAGAUCAGUAGUAAGUAAUGAUAGCACGAAGUCUGGUUCUGCAUUAGAUGAUCAAGAUGUUGCUGAGGUUGACAUUCCAUGGGAGGAAAUCACGCUCGGUGAGCGUAUUGGAAUUGGAUCAUAUGGGGAGGUGUACCAUGGUGAAUGGCGUGGAACUGAAGUUGCUGUAAAGAGGUUUCUAGAUCAAGAUAUAUCGGGUGAAUCACUUGAGGAAUUCAAAACUGAGGUCAAAAUAAUGAAAAGAUUGAGGCAUCCAAAUGUUGUCCUCUUCAUGGGAGCUGUAACAAGGCCUCCAAAUCUUUCAAUUGUUACCGAAUUUCUUCCCAGAGGAAGUUUGUAUAGAUUACUUCAUAGACCAAACAGUCAAUUAGACGAGCGAAGGCGUUUGAAGAUGGCUCUUGAUGCUGCUCGAGGAAUGAACUAUUUGCACAACUGCACUCCAGUGGUAGUGCACCGUGAUUUGAAGUCCCCAAAUCUUCUUGUUGACAAAAAUUGGGUUGUGAAGGUAUGUGAUUUUGGAUUAUCACGUAUGAAGCACAGCACAUUCCUUUCUUCCAGAUCAACUGCAGGAACAGCCGAGUGGAUGG